UAUACUUUUCGUCGCGAAACCACCUGGGUCGAGCAUGAUACGUACCGUGAAACGAAUACAAUACAAUCGUCCACGGUCCGGUUAAAAGAAUUUUUAUAAGAGUCCGACCACAAAAUCACAACAACUUAGACGAAUUUUAAGUGAAUUUCGCGAGGACUGUGAUAGGAUAGUGAACAGUAAUUAUCACGUGGUGUACAUGAACGAUAAAUUUACUGAAUGAAGAAAUACGUUCCAAAUAUUUAGUACAAACGUAAAACAGAAAUUUCAGUAAUAAUACUAUCGAAAUAAAUUUCAAUCAUGAGUGAGGAAUGUGGCUCUGUGGUCAUAGUUAAGGCAAAACCGGUUCGCAAGGUAUUUAAAGCCCCGGUUAAGAUAAAUAAGAUACCCGAAGAGAUAUUGAACGAUCCGCUGUUAAACGCAGCUAUUGCUGCGUUACCUUCCAAUUACAAUUUCGAAAUGCACAAAUCCAUAUGGAGAAUCAGAGAAGCAAAAGCUAAAAGAGUAGCUCUGCAAAUGCCAGAAGGUCUUUUAAUGUAUGCUACGACGAUAGCAGAUAUCAUAGAAGAUUUCACUGGUGCAGAGACUGUAAUAAUGGGAGACGUUACUUACGGAGCGUGUUGCAUAGACGAUUAUUCUGCGAAAGCACUGGACGCAGAUUUUUUAAUCCACUAUGGGCAUUCCUGCUUAAUACCAAUCGAUCAAACAGUUGGUAUCAAAGUACUUUACGUGUUUGUCAACAUAAAGAUCGACACUUCGCACUGUAUCGAAUGCUUACAAGUCACGUUACCGGUUACAACAAAAAUCGGACUUGUAAGCACCAUACAGUUCGCUGGCACGCUGCAAGCUAUUGCAAUGAAAAUGAGAGAAAACGGUUACGAGGUGUCUACUCCCCAGAGUAAGCCACUUAGUCCUGGCGAGAUCUUAGGUUGCACAGCACCGCAAAUUCGAUGCGCUGAUGCUGUCGUUUACGUGGGGGACGGCAGAUUUCACUUAGAGGCUGUGAUGAUCGCUAAUCCGAAAUUACGUGCAUUUCGUUACGAUCCUUACGAAAAGAAGUUGACCGAGGAGUUUUACGAUCACGAACAAAUGCUGAAGACUCGGUUAACAGUAAUCGAGACCGCGAAACAAACGGGGAGAUUCGGGUUGAUACUCGGCACGUUAGGGAGGCAAGGAAAUCUGAAUGUUUUAAAAAACUUAGAGAACAAGAUUAACUUACUGGGGAAGGAGAAUGUUAUCAUACUCCUCUCGGAGAUAUUCCCAGAUAAAAUCAAAUUGUUCGAGGGCGUCGGUGCUUUUAUACAGAUUGCAUGUCCGCGAUUGAGCAUAGAUUGGGGUACAGCUUUUGAGAAACCGUUCCUCACACCGUACGAAGGAGCUGUCGCAUUAAAAAUGAUAAGCCAUAAUAACGAUAAGCCAUAUCCCAUGGAUUUCUAUGCCUCGGCCAGUCUCGGACCAUGGACUCCUAAUCACAAACAAUCCGAGUUAGAAAAGCAGACCGACACUUGCUGUGGCAAAUUAAUGAACAAGGACAGCCGGGAAGGAAACUGGCCUAAGCAACAAUCAGAGGCUAAUAAAACGAUAAGAAAAACUAACAAGAAAUCUGGAUUUAAGCUAUCGAAAUCCUCUCGAGGUGUGACUUCUAGGGAAAAGACUUUAAGGAGACUGGAGAGCAACGAAAGAGAGAGAAUGAGGAUGCACAGUCUGAAUGACGCGUUUCAGUCUUUACGCGAAGUGAUUCCUCAUGUAUCGAAGGAAAGAAGAUUAUCGAAAAUUGAAACAUUGACAUUGGCUAAGAAUUAUAUAGUAGCCCUCACGGACGUGAUAUGCGCUAUGAGAAACGAAGAUAAAGUAUCCGAUCAGCAAUCGGAAGUGUCCCAAGAAUCAUCCGACAUGAAUAUUCGUUUAAAUCUGAAUACAAUUCCUUCAAACUCUUGUAGUUAGGACAUUUAAGUAUCCCGGGACACUCGCUCACGAAAAUGCAAUUCUAAAGACACUACAGGCCUCAGAAAUGAUGAACGAUGUUAAUUAACAUUCAAAGUUGUUUCGAUAUUAAGACUGCUACUUUAGAGUUACUUUCGAUUAGUUUUUCAACAUCCUAUCACCGAACGUACAAAGGUAUACGAACGAGUCGUUACUUCCAUUUAAUUUGCCUAAGGUUCGAACAGUAUUACAGUGUGCCAAAGAAUAUUUUCAUGAAACGAAACAGUAUUAUGUUAUAAGACAUGUUAAAUGAAAUGAAAUAUUUUGUUGGAGAGAAUUGUUUCAAAUAUGACAUGGUUACACUAAGUUAAAAAAUGCUUAUACCAUGUACAGACAUUGAACAAAUAUGAACGAUUUAUAGAAUAUAUGAAUAUUAUAAUAUGUUAAAUUAUAUGUCUUUCCAUAUA